AUGCGUGCCAGAGGGCAGCAUUUUGGGCUUUAUCAAAUGGAGCCGACCAACCAAGAGGAGGUGUUUCCUGACCCAGAGCAAGCUCUGGACUCAGACCCAGAAUCUGCAGCAGAGAAGGAGCAGGAGGAAGAGGAUGAUGAUGAUGAAGAAGAAGUGGGGCGCAUCUUUACUGCCUGGAUGCAGCGCUGCAGAGGAGAAGAAGAACCUAUGCCGGAAGUGAUUGAGCGCACAGGAAGCAGAAUCAGUGUAGACCCGCCCCCAAUGCGAGUGGGUCGCCGAGCCUCGCUUCCCACUGUGUCCAACCUGUCAUCAACAACCCUGUCGCGGCUGCACAGCUCCACAGCGGCUCCAGUCACGGCCAAGCUUCUCCUGCGCCGCACAUCCUCCCGUCGCUUGUUGCCAUCACCACAAGAAGUCCCGCCCCCUCCAGGAGAGAGGAGGGGCUCGCUUGCCCCCCUGCAUGCCCCACCCUCUAUUCCAGAGAAAGCCGCCCCCCUGUCAGACCUGCAAUCUAAACCCCAACCCGAACAAUGUCUUGACAAACCCAACGUCCCGGAGAAGAAAGGCCACUUCAGGAGGCGGAAUGUCAUGUCUCUGAGCGACGCAGACAGUGUUUGUCUGAUCUGUCAUAACGAUCUCAAACAUGGAACCGGAGGAUCCAGAGAGCUGCAGUGCUCACACACCUUCCACAAAGAGUGCAUAGAGGAGUACCUGUGGCGGAAACAGCAGUGUCCUACAUGUCACGUCCAAGUCUCUCUGCCUCAGAAUCUGCUCUGGAGCUCCACACUCAAAGUCCCCUAA